GGUGACGCGGCGGAGGUGACGCGCGGGGCGGUGGUACCGGGGCGCUCGGCGCUGUCUCCUUGUCCCCAUCACGGCUCCCGCACGGCCCCCCCGCGCCGCCAUGUCCGCGCCCGGCAGCGGCGGCGACUUCGGGAACCCGCUCAGGAAGUUCAAGCUCGUCUUCCUGGGCGAGCAGAGCGUUGGGAAGACCUCCCUGAUCACCAGGUUUAUGUAUGACAGUUUUGACAAUACUUACCAGGCAACCAUUGGAAUUGAUUUCCUGUCCAAAACAAUGUACCUGGAGGACCGCACGGUGCGGCUGCAGCUCUGGGACACGGCGGGGCAGGAGCGGUUCCGCAGCCUCAUCCCCAGCUACAUCCGCGACUCCACCAUCGCCGUCGUGGUCUAUGACAUCACAAACUUGAAUUCUUUCCAGCAAACCUCCAAGUGGAUCGAUGACGUCAGGACAGAGCGAGGCAGUGACGUCAUCAUCAUGUUGGUGGGGAACAAAACCGACCUGGCAGACAAGAGGCAAAUCACCACAGAGGAAGGGGAACAGAGAGCCAAAGAGCUGAAUGUGAUGUUCAUUGAGACCAGUGCAAAGACUGGCUACAAUGUGAAACAGCUUUUCCGCCGUGUGGCUGCUGCCUUACCUGGGAUGGACAGCACACCAGAGAAGAGCAAAGAAGACAUGAUUGACAUCAAACUAGAGAAGCCCCCCGAGCAGCCAGUGACGGAGAGCGGCUGCUCCUGCUAACGGCCCUGCGGCAGCGGCAGCCCCGGCGGCCGGGCUGGAGAACAUCGCGCUCAUCGCCCCCGGGGCUGCCAAGCCAUCCCCAAGCGAGCAAUGAACCCCUGGGUACUGGUGGGGAGCAGCCCCAGCUCCCCUCUCACUGCAUGGUUUGAGCCCUGAGUGCAGAAUGAGUGUCCUGUCUUUUGAGUUUAUUUUUUUAUGUUGUUGCACUUUGGCACCACGGUGCCCUUCACACUUUCUCUCUCUCUCUUUCUCUCUCUCUCUCUUCCUCCCUCCCUUUCUCCCCCUGUUCCCCCCUGGAGCCUCCCUGCUCAGAUGUAUCUUGUGAAUGCCAUGGAAAAGCUGCCGAGUUAGGGAAGACAAAAAUGAAGCUUUGGGGGGUGGGUUCUCUGCCUUCCCUCCCGCCUUGCAUCCUCCCCCUGCCUUCUCCAGCCCCCUGUCCUGCAUCCCCACUUCCUCUGGUGAAAGGCUGCUCCUUAAACUUAAACCAGUCACUUGGACUUGCCUUUUUGGACUCUGCAGGUUCCCAGGCUUUGCUUCCCGCAGGGCACACAGCCCAUGAGCUCUCUGGUUUCUCCUUUCUGUGGAUGACCCUGGCUAACUCUUGCUCACCACUUCCCAGUUUUGCCCCUCGAGUCACACAGGCCCUGGAAAGCCCCAGACUCUGAGAGCUUUGGCCUUGUUGCUCCCAUUUGUGUGGCAGGGACAUCCCAGAGCCUGCUGGAAUCUCUUCCCAUCCAGACGAUGUUGGUGAGUGUUGGCUGCACGAGGGGCCAGAGGCUUUGCAGCCCGAGGCUGGGUGGGGAGAGAUCCUCAGGGAUUCUGGAAGCAAACAGUGACCUGGAAUCCAUCACUGCAGGGGCAGUACCUGCCCUGGGAGUCAUGGAUGCUCCUCAGGCUCCUUCCCUGAUCUCCAUUCUCCUGUUCUCUGUCAUGGGAGCUGCUUCAUGCGGAGCAGGAGAGCCACAGCAGAGGGAAGGGCAACAUUCCAGUCUCAUUCCCAGGUUGCUGCUUGAUGGAAUCAUUCCCAUUGCCUCUGCCCUUGGAGCAGAGCUCUGGGGUGGGACCAGCAGCCAAUUGACUCCUGGGGGAGUUUUAACCUUUGCCAAAGCUGAGGGGAGCAGUGCCAGGGAAUUCCUGUCACAGUGGGUGGAGAAUUGGAGGAUGGGAUGCUGCUGAAGGGAGUUCUGGUGUCACUCCCCAGCCUUGGAGGUUGGGAGCUGCCUCCUUUCCCUCAGCCCCUGCUUGUGAAUUAAUUCAUAGAACUUUUCAGAGAUUUCCUGGGGUUUUGGAUCCACAAAAAGUUGGCAGAGAGGAGAAUUCCGCUGUCCUUUCCCCACCUGGCCUGUGUGACACGGAGCAAGCUGUGGUAGGACAGUGAGCACAGUGUGACCAUGGUGGGGGGGUCAGUGGCACUCCCUGCCCUCCCCUGGCAGGGUGUCCCUCAAUCCCUGGCACCCGAGGAGGGGAAGGAACAGCCCUGUGCUGGGAUGUGGCAGCCCUGGCCUGGCAGCAGCUCACUGAGGUCCCCAGAGUCCCCUCCCCUGGGGCAGCUGGCCACAGGAGGAAGCUGGGAUGUGAGUCCUGUCCCACCCCUCGGGGAGCUGAUCCCAUUCCCUGUACAUAGCCCCUGUGGGAGUUGCUGGUGUCGGUGUCCGUGUCUGUAGAACAGGUGUUGCUGUCCCUCCCUGGCAGCUCUGCUGUCCCUGUCCCUCAGUGGCAGCUCUGCUGUCCCUGUCCCUGCCCAGGCAGCUCUGCUGUCCCUGUCCCUCAGUGGCAGCUCUGCUGUCCCUGUCCCUGCCCAGGCAGCUCUGCUGUCCCUGUCCCUCAGUGGCAGCUCUGCUGUCCCUGUCCCUGCCCAGGCAGCUCUGCUGUCCCAGUCCCUGCCCUGGCAGCUCUGCUGUCCCUCAGUAGCAGCUCUGCUGUCCCUCCCAGGCAGCUCUGCUGUCCCUGUCCCUGCCCUGGCAGCUCUGCUGUCCCUGUCCCUCCCAGGCAGCUCUGCUGUCCCUGUCCCUCCCUGGCAGCUCUGCUGUCCCUGUCCCUCAGUGGCAGCUCUGCUGUCCCUCCCUGGCAGCUCUGCUGUCCCUCAGUGGCAGCUCUGCUGUCCCUGUCCCUGCCCAGGCAGCUCUGCUGUCCCUGUCCCUCCCUGGCAGCUCUGCUGUCCCUGUCCCUGCCCUGGCAGCUCUGCUGUCCCUGUCCCUCCCUGGCAGCUCUGCUGUCCCUCCCUGGCAGCUCUGCUGUCCCUCCCUGGCAGCUCUGCUGUCCCUGUCCCUCCCAGGCAGCUCUGCUGUCCCUUCGUGUUGUUCGAGUCACGGACCGGGGCGGGAGGGGGGAGACCCCAAUUAGGGGCGGGGGGUAAUUAGUGAAUCCCAUAGUUCCCUCCCCACUGUUUUUCUGGAUGUGUUCCUGCCGUGUGUCCGGCCCCGCUGUCUUGUAGCUGUAGCGAGUAAGUGUGACUGUAACUCUGAGUAAGGACUGUGUGACACAGCCACAGUGUAUCACUAAAUAAAUAAAGUUAUUUCACCAACA